UUUGCCAGUUUUUGAAAGGCACCUCAUUGAGCCACGAGGAAAUUUUUUAUUUUUUCAAUAUUACAAUAAAUUUCAGUAAGUUUUUCGGCGUUUGAGAGCCAGUAAUAGAUACUUCUUAAUAGUAUAUUACACACCUAGGGAGGGAAAGUACACUCCCGUGGAAUGUAUACGAUUUUUCUGUCUUGGAGGGCAGAAAAAUAAUAUGUUUGCUCCGGUCCCUCUUUAGAAAUAUUUUUUUAUAGCACGUCUAGUACAUGUGCCGAAUAUUUCGUCAAUGUUUACCGAACGAUUGACGCACAUCCAAAAUCGAAUUUUAAUCAUACACGUGUAGUACAGAAUAGCUGGAAACAUGUAAAAACAUUAUCUCCGUUGCUCAUUCGAUCGGAAUAAAAUAUUCUGAGCCUCUAAGAGGGGGAAGUCUCAUGCACGCGCUGUACUAAUACCAUCAAACAAUUUUCAAUUAUAUGUUCUCGUGUCUGACGACAACUUGCCUAAUUAUCGUGGAAGAAUCGCUCAGCGCUGCUUGAACUCUCAAUUCGAAAUGUUCGAUCUUAAAACAGUUUUGUUAAUAAUUUUACCCAUCGUUUGCAUCGAGGGACAAGAGAUCGAAAGACCCCUUGGAAUUAAAGACAAACCGAAUAUCAUCACGAGAGCAGAAUGGGGUGCAAGGGAACCAACACAACACAGUACGAUAGCGCUGCAAACACCAGUUACCAAAGUCAUUGUUCAUCACACAACUAAAGAGAGUUGCACUUCGAAGGUUCAAUGCAUUGAAGCAAUGAAAGCUACGCAGAAUUAUCUCAUGGACCAUCGCGGCAUGAGCGACGUAAGCUACAACUUUUACGUCGGUGAAGACGGCAACGUUUACGAAGGUCGUGGCUGGGACGUCGCUGGAGAUCAUGUGCUACAAGAAAAACACGAGAGUAUCGGGAUCUGCUUAAUAGGCAGUUUUCGGAGUCGUGAACCCAACGAAGCAGCAGUGAAUGCCGUCCACGAUCUCAUAGCUGAUGGUGUUGCUUUGGGAAAAAUAACUCGGACGUAUCGUUUAUUAAGCUAUUACGAAGUGUCCCUAGGAAAUUCUCGUUCUAAAUCCAAGAAUUCUAAAUUAACGAAAUUAGUGCAAUCCUGGCCGCACGGGAAGAAUCACUGGACACCGCACGCGAUCAGACUUAGGUAGAAGAAUAUUUUUUCAUUUCUGUAUUGAUCGUAUGCUACAGGAAUCAAAAUGGUGUUAAAAAAAUAGAAAAAAAAUAUGAGUGAUUACGAAAUCGAAGCGAAAUAACAGCUUUUAGACCGGCGUUCACUUUUAUAAUAAUUAAAAAAUUUCCGUAGC